CUGUUGAAUGCAUGAAUUUUAACGAAGUGGGCGUGGAAACCGACGUCGGAGACCCACCCCUACUAGAUCGAUGCUGCCACCGACCAAUGGGCUGUAAGUAGUAUUUUUCAACAGCCAAUCGGAUUAGUAACAUGUGUUUAGACGCUGCGCUGUGGCGUGAAUCCGACACGAGUGUGUAGUUUGGCUGCUGUUGUCAGAUUGUGGACUGAAGAAUUGGCAGCAGCCCAUACAAUGUGAUUGGGCUCUUCAACUAGUUCUCCAACUAUUAGUUUUAGUUGGUCAGGUAUGAUAAACCGUUGAGGACGAUGAAUGGGAAGUUAUAUUCCGUGAUUUUCCACACAGAGAAAAAUAUCGUGUUUUGUUUAAGUCAUUAGUUUAGAAAAACGUACCUAUCAUCACAAAAGAAACUAGCUGAGUAGCUAGCGACUGCACUAGCUUUGUUAUUAACAAAAACAAAGUUAACAGAAAGCAAACUUUAUUUUUGACGACCGAGUUACACGGUAGGCUAACUGAAGUGUUAGCUUUGAGUAAACCCAGGAGUUUGGGGAACUUUUAGAGACUUUAAAGCACAAAAGCAACGGUGGGAAUGUCGUGUCGGAGUGGAGUGGCACGGGUGGGUAAUCCCGGACUGCAGCCCCUCCGAGCCACGGUCCCGUUCCAGCUGCAAAACCGAGCCGCACCGCGCUGCAAAGACGCCAAAACAGCCGAGUGUAAGGCGAAGGGCCGCCCACCAAAGCCAACCUUGCGGCGGACGUUGUCUCUGGAUACUUUAGUGGGGCCGUACCUGCAGGGCCACUGGCCUAAAGAACAAGAGUGUCAACCUGUUACCUGUGUCAAUGACAAGGCCACACAGACUCCUAGUUCCUGGAUAGGAGAGACACGGGGCCGAAGAGGGGGCGGCGGUCACAAGCGUUCGGCAUCGUGGGGCAGCGCUGAGCACCUCAGAGAAGUUGCUAAACUACGACAGUCCUUACAGAAACGCUCCAGACAUGCACCUCCUGUCAUGGACUGUGACCACACACACCAACACAUGCACACCAGCCAAACCCACACACCUGAAAGUACACAGACGAUGCCUCUUAUUCCACUGAGCCGAUUGGCUCCCAGACUGAGACGCAGUGUGGAAGGAUUGAACCUGGAGCUGGAGGGUGUCUUUGUGUCUGAAACAGCAAAGGAACUUCACAAAAUUCUCGAUAUACCAGAUGGUCACAGAGCGCCCAUCCCAGCUCAGAGGUAUAGCAGCACUUCGCAGAGCGACCCUUCUCCGGCCCAGCUGUCCCCCUCACAGUCACCCUGCACCGUCACAGACUCUGAUGUUGUUGUUGUGUGUGGAUCAGUCUGUCCUGCAUCUCCUAAUCAAUGUGUGUCUGAGCCGCCAUCCUCCUCCCCUCGUCCCAACAAAACAUACGUGUUUCAGAGAGAACCUCCAGAAGGCUGUGAGAGGGUUCGAGUGUCUGAAGAGGCCAUACUUCCUUGUUAUGGUAAUGUCCCCCGUCAGCCCUCCUGUCCUGACCCUAACAAGGUGAAUUUUACACCUCAUGGUGGCUCAGCCUUUUGCCCAGUCAGUCUCCUCAAGCCUCUUCUGCCUUCUAUGGACCUGUUGUUUCGUGGCCUGUCUGUUUCACCCGUGACCGGCUGUUCGCCUCAAGGCCCUGGCCCACAUGCCGUAGGUGGUUACUUGAGCGGACCUUUCCCAGACUCUACCACAACUUCCCUGUAAAUCGAGGACAUCCAUGAUGAGAAAACAGACACAAGAUUUGUGUCGUUGACCCAUCUCAUCAUUUGUUGUUUCGUGGAAAAUAAUUGAACUUUUUACGUGACUGAACUCUAGUGCUCAUGCCAUCCAUAUCCAAAAUCCAUGAUUUGUAUUAAAUGGCACAGAGAAAAAAAAAUGAACGAUGAAUGUACGAAUGGAGAACUUCUACAAACUUUGAUGGACUUUCAGCAAUAAUGUGCCGGCUAUCUUUUGACCUCAGGGCAUUCCAGUUGGCACUUGGAUUAUUUUUUUCUCGUUUUAUAGUCGGUUGCUAUAAUUCACUUUAUUGCUAUAAUACAAUAUUGAUGACUAUUCAUCAGCUGUCUAAAGAUGUGUAAUAUUUUUAGCUUUGUCAGAAGAUAAUAUCAACCAUCGGUAAUGAUGAUCAUUUUAUACACACAACUCCUAAUUCAGUAUUCACAGAAACUUUUAUUUUUACCAACACGAAAGAGGCACUGAGAGGAUUUGGGCUCUAAAGUGCUGUUUAUGUCUGAUAGGGGCAUUUCAUUAUGAGAACUGAUCCUUUAGUGUUUUCAAUGACUGGGUUUGUUUUGCAUUUAUUUUAUGCAUUUAUUGACAUCAUUAAUACAAGCUCUGAACUAUACUAUAGGUCAUGUUCAAGGAAAAGGCUCCAUUAACAGUGUCACACUUUUCCGAUGUUAGAAAAUUGUCUAGAUAUCUCAGACAUAAUACAGAGAAUGGCAAACCUACGCAAAGUUUGAUGACUUUGACUUUAUUGUGGGCAUCUCACACAUUUAAAUUCAGUGUAACAUACCAACGAGACCCUAUUGAAAGGGUUUAUUUUGCUAAACACAUGACAACCUUUCUUUUCUUCAGAAAAUGGCAUUAUCUUUGUUUACUGCUUACAUAUAGUGGUCAUAUUUUACAGACUCUUUACACAGGACACAAGCUUAUCUGCUGCAUUAAGGUUCAAUGCAUACAUGAUAAAGAAUGAGAGACAAAACAUCACUUGAUAUUUAAAGCAUUGUUAUAAUCAUAUACAUUUUCGUGGACGAAUGGGGUAGACCACAAUAUUGUGAUUUAUUCCAGACAUCAUCCAGUGUUUUUUUUUAAGUUACCACUAAAAGUUCACCAUUGCUUUGUUGUGUAAGCGGUGUUUUAAUGGCAUUGUUCUCAGAUGUUUUUCUUUUGUUAUCUUGCUGAGUUUUGUAAUUGUACACCAGACUUCUAUUGCCCUGUAAUAUCCAGUCAUAUGUUUAAAUUGUACAUUUGUUAUCAGUUUUGAUUGCCAUAAAUGAUAAACAAGCUCUGAAAAAUGUGUUGUU